AUGUUUACGGCACUUUACAUUCGACACGCAAGGUUAAGUCCCGUUCAAAAACUUUUUCACUUGCGUGCUCGAACUAAAGAUCAUGCCUUAAGCAUAGUCUCUAAAUUUGAGAUAACAGAUGAUAAUUUCGAGGCUGCUUGGGCAGCUCUCAAAGAACACUACGAAAAUAAAAGGGUUUUAGUGAAUAAUCAUCUAAGUAUUUUGCUUGGUCAGGUGCGCAUAACGGUUGAAUCGGCAGAUGCAUUAAAGGAAUUGCAGAGCAAUAUUAAUGAAGCUAUUAUAGCUUUAGAGUCGUAUGGUAUUGAGGUGAAAAAGUGGGAUGCGUUGGUUACAUACGUUUGUGCGUCUCGUCUCCCACCACAGACUUUAUCCCUUUGGGAAGAAUCACUUGCGAAUCCAAAGGAAAUUCAAUCAUGGGAAAAAAUGAACAUUUUUAUCACAAAUAGGUACCGGGUCCUAGAUAACGUUUCAGACAUGAACAAAGAAGAUAAAGUUUUGAAAAAUUCGGGUUCAAAACAGCAAUCUUCAAGUUCAUUUCCACGUGUUCGAACACAUCACGCUCAAGUUAGUUCGCAAUGUAAAGUUUGUAAGGGGACUCAUGCACUUCGUGUAUGCCCAGAUUUUUUGAAAAUGAGCGUUUCUCAAAGGAGAAACACUAUUCGGAAAUUAAAAUAUUGCUAUAAUUGUCUAGCAUUCAGUCACUUGGUAACCGCCUGCCAGAGUGAAAGUACAUGUUUUCACUGUAAGGGAAAACAUCACUCAUUGCUACAUUUUGACAAAUCUCCUUCGGGGAGCUUUACUCCACAAAUACAGUCCACUCAUUCAACUUCAGCUGCAAGUCAAAAUGCCCAACAACAUACUGUACCAAGAGACAGUUCAAAUUUCAAGCUUUCAAAUACGGAAGAAAGCCCCAAUGUUUCGGCAAAAGCAUUUUUUGCCAAAACUAAACGCACAACUCUUUUAGCUACUGCGAUGAUUCGGAUUCAUCACCAUCACACUGAUUUUGAGUGGAGGGCGCUUAUUGAUCCGGGUUCGGAAAUCUCAUUUAUUUCCGAAGAAGUUCAAAGAAAGUUAAAAUUGCCCGUUCAAUCGGUUAUGGCAACGGUUGCAGGCGUUAAUUCCUCGGUAACGGCAACUUCAAACAAAAUGUGCUCAUUCACUCUCAGAUCGAAAUUCGAUAAACAAUUUUCACUUUCCGCUCGGGCACUUGUCCUUAAAACGGUUUCGGACAGUUUGCCUUCCAUAUCCAUUGAUAUUGGAAAUACUCAAAAUUUGUUUGACUUUCCCUUAGCGGACCCUUGUUUCAAUCAAAGUGGAAAGAUUGAUUUACUGAUCGGUGCAGAUUUAUACCCACUUAUUAUUCGCGAUGGAUUAAAAUUUAAUGUUUUUCAAAGAAUUAUGGCUCAGAACACAGUUUUCGGAUGGGUAUUGCUGGGUCCUUUGGAACCACCCAUUUCUCAAAAUAAUAUCGAAUAUACUCGAUCGCUGUCUUUUUUUAAUGAGGUAACGGUGGAUGAAGAAAUCCAAAGAUUUUGGAAACUUGAGGAGCUUCCACAAAUCUUAUUUUUAACGGCCGCAGAACAAUUCUGCGAAAAUCUUUUCGAAAAAACAACGUACCGAGAUAAAACGGGUCGGUUUGUUGUAAGGCUACCGUUUAAAGACGAUUCCUUUCAAAGUCCAGGGUUAGGAAAUUCGUAUGAAAUUGCAAAACGUCAAUUUCUACGAAAUGAAAAGCGUCUUUUAUAUAGUCCCAUACUUAAAAAUGAGUACGAUUCGGUGCUCUCGGAAUAUAUUGAUUUAGGGCAUAUGAAACCAAGUGAUUCCGCGGAUAAGGUUUGCGAAAACGGCACAUCAUAUGUUAUGCCACAUCAUGCAGUGAUUAAACCGGAAAGCCUAACAACAAAAGUUCGCGUUGUUUUCAACGCAUCAUGUUCCUCUUCAAACGGGAAGAGUUUAAACGAUUUGUUGUAUCCAGGCCCGGCACUUCAAACGGAUAUAACACUCUUGAUGUUAAAUUGGCGGCUUUAUAAGUACGUGUUCAACAGUGAUGUCGAAAAAAUGUAUCGACAGAUAAAAAUAUAUCCCGAUCAAACGCCUUUUCAAAAAAUUUUGUUUCGUCAGAACCCGAAAGAUGAUCUAAGCGUUUUUGAAAUGUUAACACUAACAUUCGGUGUUUCCUGCUCCCCAUAUUUAGCAAUUCGUUCUUUGCAUCAGUUGGCUAAGGAAGUAAAUCGGUCUCAUCCUCUAGCAUCAAAAAUUCUUUUAAACGAGUUGUUUGUAGAUGACGUUCUUUCAGGGGCUCAUGACAUUUCCACUGCGGUAGAAGCUCAAUUCGAAUUAAUUGAGGUAUUAAAGUCUGCCGGUUUCAAUUUAAGAAAGUGGACAUCGAACGCGAAGGAGUUACUGAGUCCUCUGCCUAAAGGUUCACUUCUUAACGAAGAUUUCCUAACUAUAGAUGAUAAAAGUUCUGUAAAAAUGCUUGGCAUAAAAUGGAAAGCUACUUUAGAUACAUUUUCGUUCUCGGUACAAUCAAUACCACAAUCUAACUCUUUCUCAAAACGCUCAGUUCUAUCCGUCAUUGCAAAAUUGUAUGAUCCUAUAGGGUGGUUGGCCCCUAUUGUGAUCACAGCAAAAAUACUGAUGCAACAAAUUUGGAAGGAUAAAACUGAAUGGGAUAGUUGUCUUCUUCCCACCACCGAACAGAGUUGGAAAGUUUUUGUGGCAAGUUUGCCCGAGGUUGCAAAUGUAAGCAUACCACGAUGGGUGGAAUACACUCCGCACGCUGUUUCACAGAUCCACGGAUUCUGUGACGCGUCCGAAAAGGCUUAUGCGGCAUGUAUUUAUUUACGAGUGCAACAACAAGAUAAAAUUACCUCCCAUCUCUUGUGGGCGAAAUCAAAGGUAGCGCCAGUAAAUACUAUCUCGUUACCAAGGCUAGAGUUGCAAGGGGCAGUUCUUCUAUCUAAAAUGAUCAGUUUAUUGUCAACAGCUCUUCAAAUUCAAAAUGUUUCAUUAGUUAAGUUGUGGACGGAUUCCACUAUAGUCUUAGCCUGGCUUCAAAAACAACCAUGUUCAUGGCAAACGUUUGUGGCAAACCGAACAGCAGAAAUUUUGAAAAAUACGGCGGUGACGGAUUGGUCGCAUGUAGUUUCGGGUGAAAACCCAGCUGAUCUAGCCACGAGAGGAGUAUCCCCUGUGGAUUUAAGAGAAAGCUCUUUGUGGUGGAAUGGUCCCCACUGGUUAUUGAAACCUCAAUCAAUUUGGCCACAAACCAAGCUUGAACCAGUUGAUGAGUCAAAUCUAGAAGUGAAAAAGGUAAAGUCGUUUAAACAACAGGUCGUACAGGACUUCGAGGAAGAUUUAGCUAAAUUUUCGAACUGGCCUAAGGCUGUGUGCGUAUUUGCUUACAUGGAGCGGUUUCAUCACUCUUUUAAAAGGCAUGGAGGAUUCCAUACAGUCACAAAUAAUUUUUAUUCCGAUUGUUAA